AUGGAGCAGCAGUGGAAGGGAGUAUACCAUCAUUGCGUGAGUUACUUGGAGAAGAUCCAGGAGUUCUUGAUAUAUAAAGUUAUCAAGAAUUGUUUCAAUGAAACUGUCUUGCAUGUGGCAGUACUGCAAGGGCAUGAAAAUUUUGUUAAAGAAAUUCUACAACGAAAACCUGAGCUUGCUGGGGAGUUAGAUUCACAACAAUCAUCUCCUCUUCACUUGGCAUCGGCUAAUGGGAACGUGGAGAUAGUGGAAUUAUUAUUGUUGGUGAAGCCCGAUAUGUGUGGUGUCCUUGAUGGAGAUGGCAGAAACCCUCUUCAUCUUGCUGCCAUUAAUGGCCGAGUUGAUGUCCUAGACAAGCUGAUUCAAGCAAGUCCCAGUGCAGCUCGAGCACCAUUGGACCAUGGUCAGACCAAUAUAAUGCAUCUUUGUGUGCAGCACAAUCAAUUAGAGGCGCUGAAGCUAUUGGUGGAGGAGAUGAAUGAUGAAGAGUUUGUUAAUUCUAAGGAUGAGCAUGAGGCGACAAUAUUACAGGUAGCAGUAGCGGAUAAACAGAUUGAGGGGUUCUUUGGGAACAAUAGAGAUGGGCUAUUUUUACUCCUCCUCGUUGAACCAAAACGUUUUGCUGCUAGUCAAAUUGAUUCCAAUUUCAUUCACAAACUUGGCAACGGAUUUGUGCAGAUCAAAAAGUAUUUGCUAUCGAGCUCCGGAAUAAAGAUAAAUGAGGUAAAUGUCAAUGAAUUGACAGCAUUGGACAUUUUAGCAGAGUCGGAGAGAUGUGAAGGAUUUGGACAUUGGGGACUCAGUUCAACAAGCUGGAGCAUUAAGAGCCAAAGAUAUGGCUAA